AUGUCCAGGUUCGAGGGGAUCGAGCUGGGAGAAAAAAGCAACGCCGGGAUCCGUCUCACGAUCGCUUUGCUGGCCUUCCUCAUCAUCAGUAUGAGCAGUCCAGCAGAUGAUGCUAAUAUGCGCAAGUUCCUGCUCAUAGCUCUCGCGGGCUGCGGAAGUCUUACGGCGUCGAUGUUUUUCUUCCUCGAGAGUUCCUCGCCGAUAUGGCCUCUAGCGGGAGUGCUCUCGCUGGUCUCGAAUGUGUGUCUAGGCGGGAGCGCGGUGUGUCUAAACAGUCUACUUUCAGGGAUUUCGAAGGAGAAGGCUGCGGAGAUCGGGCAGAAAGAAGGGACGAUCGAGGCGCUUGAUGAGCGGGAAUACAAGGCGCUGGUUUCUCAGUGCACCUCCCAAAUCUCCUCGCGAGGAGUCGCAUACGGCUUCGGCUCUGGAAUCCUCGCCUUAGUUGUCUGCUUGCUCGGCGUGAUCCACAGGAAGGGUGACCUGGCUAGCUUGAGGUGGGCGAUUGGCGGCAGUGCGUUGUGUUGGGGACUCCUGACCAUCCCUGCCGGAUUAUGGAUCCCACCCCGCUCAUUCUCGCCCCGGCGGGGCUUCUCGAACCCUUUCAAGCCCAUCAAGAGCUGCAAAGAAAUGUGCAGGAUGCUUAAAGGGUCGCGGAAUAUUUUCCAGACGAUCAAGUUCCUGCUGGCGUGGGCUCUUCUAAGCAAUGGCUACUCCACGAUGACAUCGACUGCAAUACUCUAUGCCAAGACGUAUCUGAAGAUGGAGUCGACCAAGCUGAUCGUCAUAGGCAUCGUCACUCCGUCGAUGGGGAUCCUGGGCGCAUUGGUCUUCACCCCGCUCCAAAAGCAUCUGCAUUUUUUCGCGGGCGUGGACUCGAACCUGCGCGUCCUCAAGCUGAUCGUCCUGCCAACCUGUGCGCUCCCGCUCUACAUCAGCACGUCGGUGCUCUUCGGGAUGGACGCGCUGAGCUCCGAACGCGACAUGUUCUUGGUCGCUGGAUUCUUUGGCCUGUUUUAUGGAGGGUUCCAGUCUUAUUCACGGGCCGUGUAUACCGAGUUACUCCCCCCUGGACAGGAAGCACGAUGGAAUUCGCUGUUCAGUCUAACUGCCAAGGCUUCCAGCUGCUCCGGCCCGCUGAUCGUAGGAAUAAUAACAGAAAUGACCCAUGACAUGCGCUAUGGGUUCCUGUUUAUGUUGGUACUUUUUGCAUCAGCAUUGUUGAUCCUCCAGACAAUCGACAUGGAGGCUGGUCGAGUGGACGCCGAGAAUUAUGGAGUGGAGCAUUGGGUUGAUGAACAGCCGAAACACUUUGUUCUUUGCGACAAACUCGAGGAUGAUCCUACUUGUGAUUAA